AUGUUUUUCCUCAAGGAGGAAACCAAAGUUGUCACCCUACACCCUUCCUUUUUCGGCCCCAAUGUCAAGGAAUACCUGGUCAACCGACUCAACGAAGAAGAGGAGGGACGAUGUACCGGCGACCACUUUGUAAUUUGUGUCAUGGACAUGGUCGACAUUGGCGAAGGCCGAGUGAUCCCGAGUAGCGGCCAUGCAGAAUAUACAAUCAAAUACCGCGCCAUCAUAUGGAAGCCAUUCCGCGGAGAGACGGUCGAUGCCAUUGUGACCUCGGUCAAACCCACGGGUAUUUUCACGCUCGCCGGGCCUCUGUCGGUUUUUAUCGCGCGAAAGAACAUACCCUCGGAUAUCAAGUGGGAGCCCGGGACGGUACCGCCCCAGUAUACAGAUCACGCAGACCAGGUGAUUGAGCGCGGGACGAGUCUGCGGUUGAAGAUACUGGGGGUGAAGCCGGACGUGUCGGCCAUCAAUGCAAUUGGCACGAUCAAAGAGGAUUAUCUAGGAGCUCACCUCGACUCUCAAAUGCGUCGACUAUUAAGUAUUGUGUCAUCAAAUGUCAACGUCACAACCGCUGCUCAGACACGACGGCUGGCUGGCUGCUUCUGCGAGACAGGGGACUCGCUCAGACAGCGACAGCCACCACCAGUCACUACAGCGAGGAUAGUCAAUGAUGACAGUGACGAGCAGCGUGGCCAGGGCAGGAAUAGAAUCCCUGCAGGCCUAGAAGCCCGCGAGUGGGCCAGCCAAUGA